AUGAAAUUAGAUUCAUCAACAAAUUUUCAUCCAAAUGCUUAUAAAAUAUCGUUAGAAACAUGUUUACAAAAAAUUGUCGAUGAAGUCUUAUUUUUAUGCGAAGAUAUUGAAGUUUUACGUGGAGAAAAGCAAGAUAUAACUGCAAAUUUUUAUAAAAAUAUUUCCAAUGAAGAAUCGGUAUCUAUUUUAAGAAUACGAGAUCAUUCUCGUACAUAUCAAAAUAUUGAAAAUUAUUUUCAUGAGCAUCUAUCAAAUGUUGAACAAUUUUUGCGUUUUCUUAAAUCAGAACCAUGGAAAAUUAUUCAUGAUACUUUGAUGACUAAAAUUGAAAUAUUUAAAGAUCCAACAUUAGGAAAACGUUGGUUAACUAUAACUUUUGAUUUAUUUGAACAACAACUCGAAUCAUCUAUAACAAAAUCGUCGAAUCCUAUGUCUAUUACAACUGCUAUUCAUGUUCCAUGUGAUAUUGAAAGGCUUGAACGGGAUUAUGAUUUAUUAAGGAAUGAAAAAUUAAUGAAAUAUUUUACACAAGUUCAGCGAGGUCUUCAAAGUCUAUUCUUAUCAGCAGUUAUAGCUGAUGCUGAUAUAUUUGCUAUUCGAUCACCUGAUUUAAGUAAAAAUUUUCAAAAUAUAGAUGAUUUAGUUCCUGAAGCGAAAACUAUUUUACAAACCAUAUCAAAUAUUUUCACGUCAAUUUCUCAAAAACGAAUACAAAACAAGUUAGACGAGUUAUAUAAUUUAUGCGUACGUUUUCCUUGCAUACCUGAAUUACUUGCAAGAAAAAUAACUGUUAGGAAACGAGAUUUUAUUAUGAAUUUAACAGACAACGAUAAAAUUGGCUUAUGUUCAAAACUCGAUACAAUUAUUAUAGCAAAUAAUCGUACACAACAUUUGUCUGUUCAACAAAGAUUGGCUCUUCGUGAUACAAAAAAAUUAGACGCAUGUUCUAUUCAACUUAUACGUCAAGAUGAGAUCAAUCCUUUAAAAGAAUCACGUGUAGACGAUAUCGGAAAUAAAAUAAGUCCUGCAUUUUAA